GAAUUCAACUGGCGUUAUCAGCCGCGAGUCUUGUAUUUCAAAUUUCGGAGCAUUUUUACAAACAAUCUUAGCUCAACAACAAUGGUGCUAUCGUAACUGACAAUGGGAGUUUGCGUAGUUUGCCUAAGUCGAACCGGUAAAAGUUCGGGAAAGAGUUUUCACAGAUUUCCAUUAAAAAAAAAUCCAGAUGUUGCUGAAAAAUGGAUACAAUGGGUCUGCAAUGUAAAAAAAUGCUCUUGGACACCUUGCCAAACAAGCAUUAUAUGUUCAGAUCACUUUGAAGCAAGCGCCUUUGAUAAGUCAGCAUUUCAAGUAAGACUGAAGAACAAUAGCGUACCAGCAAUCUUUUUCCAGAAUAAAACAACAGCUGUUUCAGAAAUUGGAGCGCAUGAACGAAAGUCAAUGUCGCAUGAAGACUGUAAUAAAACGAAUCCAAAGAAGCACUGUGGAAAUAAAUCUGUUGUAAUUUCAAAUCCUUCUACUUCAUCUGGCAUCCCUGAUACGGCAGAACAGGAGAUAUUUAUCACGCCGGCUAAAGUCCCGCAAGCAGAAGAGAUUACUGAAUCUAAAGCGACACCAAAAACUUCAGGACGUAUUCUUCAAUUCGAUGUCACACCCAGAACAUCUGGUCCGGUAGUUGAAUGCUGUACUCGUCGCCGGCGCAUGUUACUUUUCCACGACCACAAUUAUGAAGAUACUCCAAGAACCUGUCGAAAUAGAAACAUGAGAAUACAGAAGAAUUUGUAUAAGGCCCGGGUGAUAAAUAAGUCACAGAGGCGGACAAUCAAGAAUUUAAAAAACCGGGUCAAAUGCUUACAAGAACUGUUAUAUUCACUCACUCAGCCAGAACAUGGACAUCGAAUCGUAAAAACUGAUUCCAGUAAAAUGUUUCAUCAAAAGUAAAUUGCAUGGAUGCUAUUUGGUAGGAAUAUAUGAUUUCGCUUAAAUAUACUUGGUGCAAGACUCUACAGUCUCUUGAUUACACGUCAAGAGGAAAAUAAGUUUCAUCGUUCAUGACACUUGUAACUCCAGUGCCAUCCAACUGUCGGCACGAUAACUUCCACCUUGGCUUGGAGAGUUGGUCCGCGGCCAGGGCCUUAGUUUCCCUGGGCCAGUUUUUACGCCAGCUGAGGAUGCGCUCGGUUGGCGCUCAACC